UCUCUAUUUGAACAACUGCUUGUGGUGAAAAAAAUACAGAGUAGAGAAGAAAAAUGAUACUAAAUUAUGCUUCUUCUGCGUUUAUCCAAUGGAACAAAACUCCAAAGAAAAUGAUAUAUUUCUCUGCUUCUACUGCUAAUUUAAAUAUGGAGAAGCUUAGAGAACAAUUAGACCAUCUUCACAAGGAAGCACAAACCACAAGAAACAAAGCGAAUAAUGCAAGAUCGAGGCUACUUCGGUUGUCUGAAGCAGCAGAGAAAUUUCGGCGACAAGCAGCCGUUAGUAUUCAAACUGGAAAGGAGAAUGACGCCAGGGAGCUACUUUUUCAAAAGAAGAAGAUUAUGCAAGCGAUGGAGAAGUCAAAGAGUCGCAUUGAAUUGCUUGAUGAACUUGCAGCGAAGCUUAAUGAGGCAAUAUCUAUGAGGGAGAAGCAGUUAAUCGGAAAUGUUGCUUUUGACCUUGAUAUUGCUAUAGAUGAUGCUCCAAGUCCUGUUCGAAUAGUAUCUCCAAAGGAUGAAAAUACAGAUGAAAAUGAAAACUUUGACCAGGAAACUUUAACAUUAGAUGAUAGCCAAGAAUUGCAAGCUCCAAAUGAUGGUAAUGCAAACAUUACAACUGAUUAUGAAUUGAAAAAUCUUGAGGCAUCAACAAGUGGGAACAUGUCCAAGGAAGCUGACAAGAUCGAUAGUUUAAAGGGGGUAUCUUCGUAUGAGGAGUUUUUGGAACAUAUAGACCAACAACUAAGAGAUAUUGAAGUAGAACUUGUCACCUUUUUUAGAUUUUCAUCCUUAAUACUCGAAAGCAAAGAGAAACUAGAAAACUCAAAGGUACAGCAAGCACUGGACGUUCUCGAGGGUGUUCAUCAGCUUAGAGGGAGAAUUGCAAGCAUAGUGCAGAAAAAAGCAGAUUUACAUUGAAGCUUUCAUUCGCUAUACGCAAUUCCUGCAGUGACCGAUGCUAAGGCAAAAGUUUAUUUCUUUGUGUUUCCUGUUGGUGGUGCGACUUCGGUAAGAUCCUAAGCGCUCUCUCAGAAGAUCAAGCUGCUGUAAGAUAAUAAGAUAUAUGCUUCGUGAACAACAGGAGAAAACUACAGCCUUCUUUCACUGGUAGAUAUGAAAUUCAUCGUGUUCUUGUGUACUAAUAUAUUUCUGCAUUUUACCAACUCCGUCAAUCUCUUUCUCAAUUGUACACUCAAGCAAUCAUAUCUCAAGUAUCAAUUUUGCGUUA